AUGACUUCGUCCGAGAAUACCGUGCGCAGAAAGGUGAUCUGCUUUUCAGACUUCGAUGGAACCAUUUUCAUGCAAGACACCGGCCAUGUCCUCUUCGACAAAUACGGCUGCGGAGCCGAACAGCGCCGCAGCCUGGACGAACAGAUCAAAUCCGGCGAGCGGUCCUUCCGCGACGUUUCCGAGCAGAUGUGGGCAUCGCUCAACGUUCCAUUCGACAAUGGAUUUGAAGUGCUCAAAGAAACGCUCGAGAUCGACCCGGGAUUUCGCGAGUUUCACCAGUUUUGCCUCGACAACGACAUCGCCUUCAAUGUCAUCAGUGCGGGCCUGAAGCCGGUUCUUCGCAAGGUCCUCGACACGUUCCUGGGGGAGGAUGAGUCGUCGCGCAUCGAGAUCGUGGCUAAUGACGCGUCUAUCAACGGGUCGCAUUGGAAGCCCAUCUGGCGUCAUGAUAGCGAGGCUGGUCACGACAAGGCGCUAUCUGUAAACGAGGCUCGCCUGCAGGCACGAGAGGAGUGUGAAGAUGGCGAAGUCCCGCUGAUAGUGUUCAUUGGAGACGGGGUAUCGGAUCUGCCCGCUGCGCGCGAGGCGGAUGUUCUCUUCGCUCGAAGGGGCCUUCGCCUGGAAGAGUACUGCCAAGAACAUAACAUUCCGUAUAUUGGCUUCGACAACUUUGCCGAAAUCAAGCGCGAGGUUCGGGCUAUUCUCGCUGAGGAUCAGGAGAAGACGCAGGGGGUCGGCAAGCCAUUACGAUUUAACCCUAGAGCCAACAUGUGGCGACGGGUGUCGAGCAAGCAGGCUAUUCCUCGAUUUGUCGCCUUGACGCCGUCUAAGGAAGAGCGUAUGUUUCUCUGGCCCGAGACGUUUUCCGAGUAUAAGCCAGACCAGCAUAUGGAUGACGCUGCCACGAAAACGCAGAGCGCAAAGACGGCGGUGCAUUCAUAG